AUGCUGAAGGCGCUUGGCACUUUUCUUCUCGUUUACUAUCUUGUUGAACCUCGAUUUGGAAGCCGCGCCUCCCUAAGGGCUUUGUCCAAAUCAAUCUCUCGCCCUGGACUGUGGAUUCCAACUAGAGAAAAUGAAACAAAUAUCGUUGCUAACCCCACACUAAGGGGGUCCCUUUAUUAA